UGGCAUGCGUAUCAUCGAUCAUUGCGCGCCUCAUUUCGUGAAACCUGAUCACGUGACCCCCUCGACCUUAUCUUUUUACUGUUUGCCACACAUGUGAAGCUGAAGGAUUCUGGCUAAAUUUGAUCGGAUUUUGCCUAAAUUUGAUAUUAUAAAAACCAGACAUAACCAUGCAGCUGUUUGUACGUGGUUUGAACACAUCCGUGCUUGAGGUUUCGGCUGAUGAGACGGUCGGCCAGAUCAAGAACAGGCUCCUGGAAGCCGAGGCUGUCGAGGGAGACCUCCUUCUGAGCUGCGAAGGCACUCCCCUGGAAGACUGUGUUACUCUCGGAAGUAUCACUUGCUCGACCUUGGACGCCAAUGUAGCUGUGAAGGGUGGAAAGGUUCACGGUUCUUUGGCUCGUGCUGGCAAGGUUAAGGGCCAGACCCCUAGAGUCGAAAAACAGGAGAAGAAGAAGAAGAAGACUGGACGCGCCAAGCGCCGCAUCCAGUAUAACAGGCGAUUUGUAAAUGUUGUUCAGGGCUUUGGCAGACGUCGUGGACCGAAUGCCAACUCAUAAUUUUUUUUGUAAUUUUGGGAAUAAUGCGGAAUAAACCUUAAAAAUACAAAUUA